GCUGCAGGGUGCAUACCAGGGUACCUUGGUGCGUAACUUUAUUGCUUGGUUUGGCUACCGCGGAAAGUGAGACGGAGAAGACCCUGGGGUUGAGGGUAGCCUCAGUUUCAUGUUCGACGUGUAUUUUACUGCACUAUCGUUGAUCCACUCGAUGUUUGGAAUUAUUAAUAUUUUAAGCAAUUUCAUGUAGAAACUACACGACCAUGGAUAUAGGAAGGUAGUAAUGUAAUCGUGGAUGGCAUUUAUGUAUCCGACUUGCUGGAAACGCAGUAUGAGGAUCACUAACGUUCGUUAUGGCCGCAUUGUAUUCAUGGCAGUGGCGACCAUUUUGAUCCUAUUCAUGUUCCUAUUGGCACAAUUCAGUCUUCGAGCUACUGGUGGAAAAGGGAUUUUAGAUCGAGCCAAGCAACAUUUUCAUCACUGGUUUCAGAAAACGGUGUUUAAACACAACUGGGAAGAUAUUCACUGUCGACGCAAACACGCUAAUGAAACGACGGUAGAGGAAAGCUGGAUUCCUGAAUUGGCAAAACAGCUGAAUUUGAAUGAUGAGACAUCGGUGUUCGACAGCAACACUGGCUGUAAUGAAUGGUUAACUCUACUCAGAAAGAAAUACCCGAAAAUAGGUAUUGGUGGUGCUCAUGUCGAUCAAUACGCUGUGGAGUAUGCAAAAAAACUAUUCAAUGACACGCCAAGUAGCUUUGGAACAAUAAGCUCAGAUGGAAAACUUCAUUUCCUUGGAGACAAACCGAAAUUCGCGCAUGCCAUCAACUAUGGAGGGCUACGAGACUUGGGUGAUAAAAAUGUACAAUGCAAUCUAGUCAGAGAGCUGCUACGUAUUUUAAUGCCAGGAGGCUCCUUGUAUCUUGGUCAUAAUAUCGAAGAAAAAGAAUGUCGUGUACUUGAUAAAUAUGCUAAUGUAGCUCUUCCAGGCUGUUAUUGGUCAGAGACAUGCCUGAAGAAUAGAACUGACAUUGCCGUGAUUUAUUAUAUUAAGGAAAAAGAUCUUUUUGGUGCCCAUACACAAAUUGACGAGUGCUAUACUGCAGUUUUUAUUCACAAGAAGGUGAGAUUUUCAAGGGCAAAGGAUGGACUUGAAGAGCUACCACCCAAGUUUGAACCUCAUGAAAAGAUGUAUUCUUGUGAAACAGAUGCAUCUGGCAACAUCGGCAGCAAGUUAAAGGAAGUAGGCAAGCGUGUGUUAAAUACAAACCUAGUUUUUCCAGGUGGUUUGAGUAAGGGGAUUGAACUAGCCAAGAAAAUGCGUGAACUAAAGAAAGGAAAUUUAUCACACACUUUGUCUUAAUGACAAUAUGGUACUUAGUUUAUUUAACCAGUUUGCUGACAAGUGACCUACUCAAAGACAAAGUGUGAAAACUUACAGCCAAAGGAAAACUGAUAUGACUGCUUGUUAGCUUAUGUACAUGUGGUUUAGUUACACUAGUAACCGCUUAUUUUCUUAUGUUUUACAAGUAAGUAAGAACUAGGUAAGAACCUUUGAAGUUUCAUGUUCAAGUGUUUUUUGCACUUAUUGAAGACACUGACUACAAAUGUUAAUGUAAAUUGAUGUUAAGGGAAAAUUACAAGGAGCCCAAAGGUUCCUAACCAUUAAAUCCUGGGUGCCAAGCACUUAAGUUACUAUGAGAAAAAGUAAAUUUUUGCAGUCGCCCAAAGGCAAAUAUUAGUUGCCUGUGGAACCUGGCACCUUCAGUGCACUGCCCUGUGAUUUUCUUAUAUUUUUACUUUCUUAGACCAAGAAACUGUCUACUCUUCCACUUUUCUGGGUUUUUUUUCUCAACUUUAUUAGAUUUGCCACUGAAUUGCCAGCUUACCACUAAAAUGAUACCUUUGUUAAAAAAAAAAAAACAUUAUGGGAAAGAAUUAUAUGGACGUGGGUGGUUUGGUUGGGCUUGUUAUUCAUUUACAUUUAACUUUUUAACAUUUGACCCACAGCACAGAAUCCAUUAUUAAUUAAACAAUGCUCAUACUUAACAAGAUUGAAAACAAGUCUUUUAAGACUUAAAAUUCAUAGACUAUGAUUAGUUGUACUCUAGAAUAAGAAUGUGAAAUGCAGCUGCACAUGGUCUGCUACAGGGUACGUCUUUCCACGUUCCGAUGGCACACCCCUACCUUAUAACUUGUGUAUUACCACUACCCUUCUAGAUGCACAGGGCCCAUUAUAUAUAAACAAUAGCCUCUAUUUGGCACAAAAAUAUGCUCAGAUAUUUGUCUGUGGACAUUAUCUGUUCUGAGAAGCAAACAGUUUUCCGUGGGCUUGACCAAAACUGUGAGCUCUUAAAAACGGACAAUGUCCAAGGACAAAUAUCCAAGCAUAUUUUCAUGCUAAAUGGCUGCUAUUGUGUUUGUUAUCCUUCAAAUAUU